AUGGCUUCACAACACGUUUCGGAAAUCCGUUAUCUACCUCCAACAUCAACAUCCAACACCCACCUUCCCUCUGAGGAUGAAAAGAAGGAUGAUGCCUAUCAGCACGAUGUCGAAGUUGGAGUCACCGACCCAGACCGUGAAGGGCAACCCCAACUCAUCUAUGACAAUAUCCCUGCGGGAGUUAACCCUACCCUGGUUCGUGAAGAGCGUGUAGUUCGAGGUUUGUCACAACGACAUAUCCAGAUGAUUGCGUUGGCCGGUGCCAUCGGUACAGGUCUCUUCUUAGGUUCCGGUCGAUCCAUCCGUCGAACAGGGCCUGCGGGAACACUCAUAGGUUAUGGACUUGUCGGAACUCUCGUCAUGGCAGUUAUGGGAUGUCUCGCAGAGUUAUCAGCCUUGGCACCAAUCUCAGGUGCUUUCGUUAGACAAUCCGAAUUCUUCGUAGACCCAGCUUUAGCAUUUGCUAUUGGAUGGUCAACUUUCUAUGGUUCAGCAGUAUCCGUCCCAGGAGAAUGGACUGCCGUGGCAGUUAUCAUGACUUAUUGGUCUGACCUCAAUCCCGGUAUCUGGAUUGCCAUCUGUAUCGUCGUUACCUUCGCUACCAACUUGUUCUUCAUCCGAGUUUAUGGCGAGGUCGAACUUGUCUGUGCCAUUCUCAAGAUCAUGCUUAUAUUAGGUCUUAUCCUCUUCGGUCUCAUCUAUGAUCUUGGUGGUAUUUCAGGCCAAGACAGAAUCGGUUUCAGAUACUGGAGGGAUCCAGGAGCUUUCGGACAAGGUUACUGGCAUGUUGGAACAGCUGCUGGACAAUUCUGCGGUUUCUGGCUCACUCUUAUCAACGCUGUAUACGCAUUCUCCGGUGUCGAGUCCUUGGCAAUUGCUGCUGCCGAAACCAAGAAUCCUCGAAGAAAUGUACCUCGAGCUGCUAAACACGUUUUCGUUCGAGUUUUGGUCUUCUACAUGGUCACUUUAUUCGUCGUUGGGUUGAUCGUACCUUCCAAUGAUUCUCAUUUACUUACAUCGACUGGAACAGCAGCAUCAUCACCUUUUGUCAUUGCCGCUCAACGUGCAGGUGUUAAAGUUUUACCAAGUAUAAUCAACGCGGUCAUCAUCACUUCAGCUUGGUCUUCAGGUAAUCACGGUAUGUUAGUCGGUUCAAGAGCUUUAUACGCCCUUGCUCUCGACAAGAAAGCACCAAAGAUCUUUACACGUGUAUCAAGGUUCGGUAUUCCAUGGGUCGCCGUUCUUUUCCAAGGAUCUUUCCAGCUUUUGGCUUUCAUGUCAUUGAGUGACGGUGCAGCAACAGCCUUCAACUGGAUCACCAACAUCAAUUCAUCUUGUACUCUUUGUAUUUGGAUGGUCAUUGGUAUCGUAUCGCUUCGAGUUAGAAAAGGUAUGAAAGCACAAGGAAUUGAACCUAAAAGAUUACCAUGGGCUGCUCCCUUCCAACCUUACUUGUCUCACUAUACAAUUUGGGGUUCUUUCGUCGUUCUUAUCACUGGUGGAUUCUACUCUUUCCUUCCAGGAAAUUGGGAUAUUUCAGACUUCUUCUCAAGUUAUUUCUCUAUUAUCUUCCUAUUUGUCACUUAUUUCGGAUACAAAUUCAUCAAGAAGACCAAAAUCGUUCCUGCUUCUGAAAUUCCCGUUGGUCAAUUCAUCGCUAUUGCCGAUGCUAAUCCUGAAGAACCACCCACAGAGAGACAUGGUCCAAUGUCAUGGUUCGCCAAAUUCUGGUGGGAUUAG